AUGUCGGAUGAGAAGGACGCGAAUGGAGGUGCUUGGAGUCGCGUCCCUACCUGGGACGGAAGUCCUCAAACAUGGAGGACGUUUCGUCGAGAGAUGUCAUGGUGGUUGGCUGGGCUCGAUAUCCAGUCGACCAAGAAAUACAAUUUGGCCGCAAGAUGGUUGCUUCGCCAAAGCGGCAUGGUGAAGCAGAGAGGAGAAGAAUUUGAUCCAAGCGAAUUGGAGUACCAGAAAGAGGUCAAGUUGCCGGAUCCCACUACCGGCGACGAUGUGGUGGUGACACCUGAGGACCCGCUCAGUGGCAUCAACAAGCUUUUGGCUGCGCUAGAAUCGAUGACCGGGAGGACAUCCCUAGACAAGAGAGGUGAAUUGAGGAAUGUCUUCUACCUGGAGCUCAAGCGUCGAUCCGGCGAACGGAUCUCUGAGUUCGCUACUCGGUUCAGGUCCUUGGUUUCUGAACUUCGAGCUGAAGGUGUGGUCAUAGCAGAUGGCGAGUUGGGUUGGUGGUUCAAGCAUAAGUUGGGUUUGGAUGCCAUCCGCACCCAGCUCCUUGAGACGGCACUUGGUGGAGCUGAAGAUUACCCAACAAUAGAACGUGAAGUUCUGAGGCUUUUCAAGGACUUGCAUGUUGCUGACCCGCUUCACCGGAGGUCAGAUGGAGAACGAGCUCCCUUGCUUCAGAAGUUUCUCAACCAGCAAGGUCCCUCGUCAAGCCGCCCUUCGUCGUACGCCCCCUCUAUGGCCAGUUCUGCACCUAGGUCCUUCAGGUCAGGUUCGUCGACAACCUCGUCAAGUCGGUUUACCUCGUACCGUCGACCUGCUCCGGCCAAACAGGCCAUGGUGUCGGAGGUGGAUGAUGAGAAUGACGAGCUCCCUCAUGAGCAAGAAGAGGAUGAACCUGAAGGUCAGUUCCUGGAGGAAGUCCUCCAAACCGAGGCUGAGGUGUUGGCGGCCGAGUUGGAGGAGGCCGCAGCCAGCGGUCUUGACCAAGAGACCCUUCAAGAAGUUGAAGAUAGUGUUGAAGCCGCUGCUGAGGCCUUUUUGACCAUGAAAGAGGCCAGGUCCAAGUUGCAAGAAGUUCGACGUGAUCGUGGAUAUGGCAAGCCAUCGCCUUCCAGCACUUCCAACGCCGGCAAGGUGAACUUGAAAAAGCAGUCGGACAAACACCCGUGUUUCGAUUGCGGGCUUCCUGGACACUGGGCUGGAGAUCCUGAAUGUCAAAAGCCAGGUCAGCAGCUUGGGAGGAAGAAGUCAAAGUCUCCCCAGAAGCAAGUCAAGGUGACCGAAGCGCUGAACACUGAACAUGGUGCUCCAGCUUCGGAUGAUGGUCAUGAAGUCUUGAUGACUUUUCGAGACGCGAAGCCUCUUGCAGAAGGUUUCGAGAUGGCCUUGGACAUGUCUCACAAGCCCAAAGAGGUCAACGCCUUCAGCGUGCUCUCGACCGACAAAAGGCUGGUUGGUGCUUUGGACAGUGCUUGCAAUAGAACAUGUACCGGGCCGGAAUGGUUGUCAAGCUUUUUGAAACGACUUCGUGCAACUGCCCCCAAAGAAGUGAUCGACCUCGUGAAGGUUGAAGAUGAGAAAGAGACAUUUUGUUUUGGCAACGGUGGAACCCAGAUCAGCACCCAGCGCUGGCGGCUUCCGACGGUGAUUGGAGGGGCCAUUACUGCCUUGGACUCCUUCCUGGUCAAUGGGCAGGUCUGGAACCUCAGAGAUGGAGAAGGUCGAGCACUACGACGAAGGAGCAUGCCAGUGAGCGAAGCCUUCAGCCAAAUCGAUCUGAGAUGGCGGCGGAUGAUUCUCCGCAUGCGAGAAAGGUUUCAAUGGUCAGCCAAAGGCGUCCUGCUCUGGCUAUUGCCAAGAUCCUCUUUGCGCUAUCUGCCUUUGCCAUACCCAGCUACCUCAACGCUGGACAAGUGGGAAGCUCAGUGCCGUGUGCAAGUGAUGGAAGGAGUUGUAUCAAAGCGGCAUACGGCCAAAGCUCAAAACAGCUUCACCUACGAGAACCUUGGCGACUGCAUUCACCUGAGGAACCGGAUGGGAUUGGACACAGCCUUUUGCGAGGAUCCGGUGUUGCAGGGCUUCAAAUUGGCCAAAUCGGCCAAAGGUCUCUCUCAAAGGGUGAAGUCGGCCGCUCUGGCCGAGGCAAAGCAGAAAGCUCAGGAGGCAGAACAUCGGGGAGAACAAGACGAACUUGCUCGAGCCUUGAUUGGGCCUCGCGGCGGACUCCCUACCUUGAGAAAGGAUCUGAUCAGGUUGGCGGCACUGCUGAACGUCGAGAUCCAGCCCACCGACAAUGUCGAACAGAUCAAGGAGAAGGUGAAACCCAUGGUGGCCUUACUCAAGGAGACAAAGACUGCGGCAAAGGCCAAACCUCAAGGCAAGACAGAGAAAAGGUCUCUCGUUCCGCAAGGAGCGACAAGCAGCGGGUCGUCCUCCAGACCUCCUCCGGCGACAGUCCCAUGGUCGCAGGUGCAAGAGAUGCAAGGCAAGUUCCAGUCCGCACUGGACAAUAUGGCUUUGGAGCUUCAAGAACUUCGCGCCGGUCGCAUUCCUCAACAGCCGGUCGACCUGACAAGCCUGAUGACAGAGCCCAGUUUGAUGACCGACGAGGACAUGAUGCGCAUGAGGAACCCCAUGGGAUACGGUCUAAGUCAGGGCCGAGAUGUGAGCAUGGAGGAGGCUUACCGGACCGAUCCGGAGUUUCGCCAAGAGGUGAACAUGAGCUUGGAACAAGAUUGGGAGGCCAAACUGGCAGCACACUACGGGGAGGAUUACUACCUCUUGACUCAGGAAGAGAUGGAAGCUUGGAAUCAACAUGAACAAGAUCGCCGUCGUGUGUCCCAAGCUCCCAAGAAGAUCAAAGAGUUGCUUGAGACUGAGUACUAUGAGGAGAUGAAGAGCUUUCUUGACGACGAGAUCUUUGUCCAACCGAUUGACUUGAACUUCAAGGUCAAUGAGACCCUAAUGAACGACAAAGUGUCUUCGAAUGACCAGCCCCUUGUGACCGAGAUUUACACGAGUGCGAGAAACGUGACGCAGGAAGCAAAACGUCGUGGUCACAAAGUUGGGACAUCUAUGAGCUUGGACAAUGGUUGGAAUUUCCUGCUUCGUCGUCAUCGAGAAGCUGCCAUUGAAAAGGUGAAGACGGAGAAACCCUUUUGUGUGGUACUGGCGUUUCCGUGUGGGCCCUUCAGUCCACUCCAGUUCCUGAACAAGAAGGGACACCGCUCCUGGCCUGCUCGUCUUCAUGCAGGCCGCAUUCUGAUGAAAUUUGCCUUGGAGAUCGCCCGCAUUCAAAUGAGCGAAGGACGACACUGCAUCCUCGAGAACCCUAAGCCAUCCUUGGCUUGGAGUGAACCUGAAAUGAAGAGGUUUUUGGAGGAGGAAAAUGUUUUUCCAGCUGUCUUUGAUCAGUGCCGUUUUGGCCUUCGGAGUGUCUCAGGAGACCUGCGUAAGAAGCCGACCCAGGUGGUGAGUUCUUCUUCGUGCGUUACAAGUAUGCUGGAUGGGGUGUGUUGCAUGCGUGACCAUUCCCACACGCCGGUUCUUGGAGGUUCGAGAAUCACAGCUCCUGCUGGACUGUAUCCUCGGGCCUUGGCUCGCACUUUGGUUCGCGGACUGGAAGCCCAGUUCGAGAAGGACUUCAAGCCCUGUGAAGUUUUGGUUGCAGGUGUCCAUGAGGACGAUGGAGACCAAGUGGUCGCUGUUCGAGGAGAGAUUGAGGACAAUGAGGCCUCUGAUGAGGAGUUCGCAGUGUCCCCAGAUGAGAAAAAGCUGGUGAUCCCUGGCAGUGUGAAGGCGACGAUUCGCCGUCUUCAUGAAAACACAGGUCAUAGAAGCAACACUCGCCUUGCUCGGGCUCUGACUUUGGCUGGAGCACCUUUGGAGGCGAUCGUGGCAGCCAAGAGACAUCAGUGUGCAGUCUGUCAAGAGAGGAAGCCCCCAAAAGUGAGACGACCAGCCUCUUUGCCGACGCCAAAAGAUCUAGGUGACCAAGUUCAUUUGGAUCUGUUAGAGAUUGAAGAUGCCAGAGAGAAGAAGUACUUCGUGGCCCAUUGCACCGACUAUGCCACGAGGUUCCACGCAGCAGAGAUUUUGGCAGACAAGUCAACUAAGGAAGUGAUUCGCUUCAUGGCAACUCGAUGGCUUCCUACUUUUGGUGCCCCUCGUGUUUUGGUCUGCGAUCAAGGCCGUGAAUUCAUUUCAUGGGAAAUGGAGGAAUGGACCUCAUCCAUUUCGACCUUGCUGCACCACAUAGCCGUACAAGCCCCAUGGCAAAACGGUGUCGCAGAGAAGUCAGGAGGAAUCCUGAAAACCUUGAUGUCAGCCAUUGUGCGUUCGAAGUCAGUGGUGACCAAAGAGGAGAUGGACCUCGCUCUGGCUGAAGCCGUUGCGGCUUACAAUGGUGAUGUUGAUGGUGAGUCAGGGACUUCACCAUAUCAGGCUGCGCUCGGACGACAACCCCGGAUGAUUGGUGACGUUCUUGGUGGAGUUCAACAGCGUUUGGCAGAACAUGGACUCAUCGAGUCCAAACCUAGUUUGGCCCGCCAGCUGGCGAUGAGGGAGGUGGCCAAAGUGGCUAUGACUCGACUCCACUUCUCACGUGGAAUGAGAAAGGCGGAAUUGGCACGAUCUCGAGAUGCCACCUUUGAGUCUUUGCCUGAACUUGGAAGCAUUUGCUACUUCUACAGGCCCUUGCGGUUCAACACCAAGACCUCGGUGAGUCGCAAGCGUUUGACACUGAAGAGAUGGCAUGGACCUGCUUUGUUAGUGGCUUUGGAGGGCAAUUCCAGCGCCUUCUUGUCCUACAAGGGCCAACUCACAAAAUGCGCGCUUGAACAUGUGCGCAAGGCCAGCUCCAUGGAACAGAUCGCAGCCGGGACUUGGCGUGAAGCCAUUGAAGAAGCAGUCGAGGCAGCACGUCUCGAUGUUCCACUUCCUGGUGCCGGAGAAGUUCAUUUGUUGCCGGAAGAGGAUGGUGUGACAGAAGCUGAUGAUGAGUUGCGGAAUCCUGCAACCCCUGCUUUCCUUCCUUCGUCGUCGGCUGGCAUCCCCAUAGAGGAGGGUGCUCCUUUGCGUGGUGAAGACCUGCCGCCUGUGGGUGCUCGUGAAUUUCUUCCGAUUAUUGUUCCAGCGACUCCUCAGAUCCCUUCACAAGUUGGGUCAACAGUGCCUUCGAGACGAACCAGUGAUUUUGCCCAGGCCUCACCUUUUCCUGAAGCGGACCAACGCAUGAGAGAAAGGAAGACGAGUGCACCUUUGCUGGGCGCUUCAAUUGAAAGAGCUCAAAGGCUUGACCAAAGCCGUGAAGAGAGUGGUGGACAGAAACGACCUGCCGAACAAGAUCCAGACUCCCUGAGAAAAGAAGGUGAAGAGUUUGCCCGUGGGCCUGAUAGUGAACAGUUGCAAGUGAGCCGAGUCAACCCUGUUGAUCAUGAAGUACAUGUUCUUUCCAAGGAACAGAUCUUGGAGCGUUUAGCUGAACCAAAUGUGCAUCCUUUGAGGCAAGCUCAACUUGGAGCCUGUUUGGAUCGCAUGGAUCCCUUGGAGAGUGAAGUGAAAGACCAUGGCAGCUGGGGUGGAAGAUGGGAUCUACCAUCUCGUUCUGAAUGGCAAGUUCAUCAACGGCUAGGAGUUCCUUGGCCUACUGGUGCACCUUCGACCCAGGAGGUAAACGCUGUUCAAGCCGCGCGCAAAGAGUUCCACUGGCGUUCCAUGACCAGUGAUGAGAAGAUCGCCUUUGCAGAAGCCGCCAAGCAGGCUUGGGCAGUCUGGGAGGAGAACGAUGCCAUUGAGAUCCUGACGCCUGAAGAGUCUGAUGAGGCCGGUUGGGAGAGAAGUGUCAUUGACUAUGCUUGUUGGAUGCUGUGGUCAGAAGAUCGAAAACAGCUGGAAGGGAUGGUCAUAUCCCAUGUUGAUGACCUUUUGCUUGGUGGCAACUCCAAAGCUCAAGAGAGCCUGAUGGCAAUCGGUGCCAAGCUUGGAUUCGGAACAGUGGAGUUCGACGACUUCGUCUUCUGUGGAAAACGAAUCCGAAUGGUGCCCUCUGGAGAGAUUGAGUUGUCCAUGGUGGAGUACCACAGCAAUUUGAAGCCAGUGGCAGUUCCGACUUCUCGCAGGGCAAUGCCACAAGCAGAAUUGAGCGACAGUGAACGUCGCCAACUCAGAGCCAUUUUAGGUUCUUUGCAAUGGUUGGUAGCCCAGCUGAGAUUCGACCAAGCCUAUGCCCUCAGCACACUCCAAGGUGAGAAACCAUGUGUGGCCACGUUGACAAAGGCAAACCUCCUAGUGAAAGAGUUCAAACGGCGGAGCGACUUCAAGCUGGUUUUCCGUGACCUUCCUUUGGAAAAGGCAGGGAUCCUUGUGAUUUCGGACGCCUCCUUGGGAAAUACCACAAAGUCCGGUGGUGUUGAAGGUCAAGAGAAGUUGUAUAGCCAGAGCUCCUACUUCAUUUUGGUUUGUGAUGAAAACCUUCUUCAAGGACGAGAAGGGUGGUUCAAUGUUUUGGACGCACGAAGUCAUCGACUUCCCAGAGUCUGUCGAUCGACGUACAGCUCUGAAACCCUUGGUUUGGAGGAGGCAAUGGACGCUGGUGUUUUCUGUCGUGGAUGUUUCAGCGUGCUGGCUGGUCUUCCGAUGGAGCGGAGAGACGCUCAUAAAGUCAUGGAGGUGAUUCCGAUGACGGCAAUUACAGAUGCCAAGGACACUUUCGACAGAGGGAACAGUGACACCAACACGUAUGGAGCGCAGAAGUCACUCGCCUUCUCAGUAGCCUGGAUCAGGGCUACCCUUGGAGGAGCCAACACCUCACUCAAGUGGACGGCGACAGCCAACAUGUGGGUUGACGCAGGUACCAAGGAGAUGCCACUGGACCACCUGCACAAAAUCCUAGAUUGUGGACGAUGGAGCUAUGUGUUUAAUGCCAACUACGUGAAACAGCCCAAGAAGAAGAAGAUCACUGAUGCUGCAGUGAAAGGGCCGUUGCCUGGUGUGCCCCUGGAAGGCAAAAUGCCAAUUCUCCCGUUCCUGCUGAAUGUUUGUAGGAAUCCCGGGUGGCAUCAGAAAUCGGGUUUGGUAGUUCACGUCGCUUAUGGAGCGAAAUCCUUUCGAGUUCCCGAUGCUAGGUACAGUGUUUGGCGUUUUCCCCUCCGAAGUACAUAUGGAAGAUUUGACCUUGAAGAUGGUCGCUCGGAGUGGAGGGUUUUGGAGUCGAAAGAGGAUUUGACUCUACUCGGAAAGAAGCAGGAGCUUCUUGGUUGCGUGGCAGAUUGUUUGGUGAGCGUUUUCCAGUCUCGGAUCAAGAAAGAAAAGACAUCUACUGAAGAAGCGAACUUGUUCGAUCGGCAUUGA